ACUUCCCCCCCCACCCCCACCACCACCACAGUCACCCCCAAACAUUCACCCCUUACCCCCGGCCCAUGGAUCUGAAAGUGGAGGCCCAGCGGGUGAUGGCUGUAGCCCUGGGAAAGAUGUACAAUUCGCGGCUCCAGAGGGGAGGGAUUCGGCUCCACAAGAGCCUGUUGCUGUCGCUGGUGCUCCGCAGCGCCCGGGACAUUUACCUGAAUGUUAGAGCCGAACAGCAGGACGUGGAGGCCGGUCAGGGGGACAAGCUGGAGGCCGAGGCCAUGGAGGUGGAGGAUGGAGAGAGAGGAGCCGAGAGAAAGGGGGAGGAAUGUAUCCAGCCCCGGGAUUGUAUCCAGUCGGACUCCGGGUGUAUCCAGCCCCGGGAUUGUAUCCAGUCGGACUCCGGGUGUAUCCAGCCCCGGGAUUGUAUCCAGUCGGACUCCGGGUGUAUCCAGCCCCGGGAUUGUAUCCAGUCGGACUCCGGGUGUAUCCAGCCCCGGGAUUGUAUCCAGUCGGACUCCGGGUGUGUCCAGCCCCGGGAUUGUAUCCAGUCGGACUCCGGGUGUAAUCAGCCCCGGGAUUGUAUCCAGUCGGACUCCGGGUGUAAUCAGCCCCGGGAUUGUAUCCAGUCGGACUCCGGGUGUAAUCAGCCCCGGGAUUGUAUCCAGUCGGACUCCGGGUGUGUCCAGCCCCGGGAUUGUAUCCAGUCGGACUCCGGGUGUAAUCAGCCCCGGGAUUGUAUCCAGUCGGACUCCGGGUGUAAUCAGCCCCGGGAUUGUAUCCAGUCGGACUCCGGGUGUGUCCAGCCCCGGGAUUGUAUCCAGUCGGACUCCGGGUGUAAUCAGCCCCGGGAUUGUAUCCACUGCGACCGGGACAGAGUAUCCGAGUGUCCCCAGCUCUCCGUCCCUGAACCUGGGGCCAGGGAUCCCUGUGUCCGGCCCCGAGAAGCAGCGAGAAGACCCGGGUUAACCCGGGACAGGAAGCGGAGGAAAGGCUCGGAUCAGAGGGACCCGCCUGACCCCGAGUGUCUGCCCAGCAAGAGAGCUCGGCUGGAGGAGGAGGAGGAGGAACCCCGGAGCCUGGUCCGUGUGCGGGGCCUCGGCAAAGCAGCGGCCGAUUCCCCCAGGGAGCAGCCGCUGUCCCCGGGCCACCUCUGCCGGCACCGAGCCCUCGGUAAACGGGGCAUUUGGGUGCGAGUUGUUGUUGCUUAUUGAAGAGAGAGAGAGAGAGAGACAGACACACACAGACUGAGCCGGAGAAAUCAACAGGAAGGUUUCCUGAAACCCACAGGCGGGAAUUCUCCAAUUUGGGAUCAUCCCGACCCGUCCUGGUCACUUGGGGAUGUUGGAAAGUGGGUCAGGGCCAACGGUGACCAGCAUCGCGCCCCACGCCCUCAGAGCCAAGGAAGAGGGUAAAGGCUCCGAGAGAGACAGAGAGAGAGAGUGUGUGGGCCAACAGCAGUGACUUGUAUUUCCUGAACUCCAAUGUCCUGUUUUGGAUCCACCCGAACAGUAACCCAUGGGGGUGAUAAACUGAGCCCAGAGUGCCAGAGGGAGCCUGUACCCACCCUGGUGGAGGAGCCACACGCCAUCAAGACUGGACUCUUUUUUAUUAUAUAUAUAUAUAUAUGUAUAAAAUCAAAAGUUAUUGUCUUUUUUUAAGCCUCACUUUUGUAUGAACUUAAUGUUUUUCUAAAUUCGAGGCUUGUUUCUAAAGCCAAUAAAAGAAAUGAA